GUCCGAUCUUCGAUGGCUUUUCAUCAUCACAUCUCAGUGGAGAGAGACGACGAGGUCGGAAGAAGAGCUCCGAUCCGCUUAGUGGGACUGUGGGAGCAUGUCCAAGUCUAUGCGGUGUGGGAGAGAUGCACAAUUUCAAAUCCUUAUCCGACGAAAUCGACCAAACAGAAUUGUGGCGGUGGCUCUGAUCUUCACCUCGGUUUCGCGGCAGCGGAGAUGUUCAGGUCCAGAUCCACACAUUCACUUUUUGGUUCAAGGUUGUCUACUUUACCGAUUCGAUUCCUGUGGGUGUAGAACGAUGAAUGGACAAACGUUUCGCAAGUUUUGGUGGAUCAAAACAAGAUUUGGGGAUUUUUCUUCAAACGUCCUGCGUUGGCCAGGGAAUUUCUACCAGAGCCGAGUCCUUUAAUUUACCAUGGAAGCAUUGAAGACAGAUGAGUUUCUGAAUUAACAAGGGAUAGACUGAUGAUUGCGGCUCUGGGUUGAUCGUAUAGAGGAUGUGUGGGGUUCAAAGAGUUUUUGGAUUAUUUCAGUGACCUCUUAUGUUCACUGGCUUUUUUCUUAUUCCCGUUUACGGUCGGUGAAAGGGAACCAAGUUGGAGGAACUCUACUCAGAUGCAGCUAUCUUUUAGUCUCGGUUGGGAGUUAGAUUCAAACCUACGGAUCUUCUACUUAAUGCAUCCUGUUGUUUAUCUAUAUUCUAAGUUAUAUCAUGUUUAUUCAUCAUAAGUGUUUUUUACAUUUGCUGUGGGAUUGGUGUGGUCGAAACUUGGAUGGCUCAAGAAAAUAGUUUAUGUUAUGUACCAUUCUUGGUUAUAUGUAUAUCAUUGAUGAAGUUCUUAUUUACACCGAGUGCAAGUAGGUACUCAUGACAUGGCCUGUAAAAUAAUUUGGUUUUGGCUACUUGCUCAUGUAUUUAUUUUGUCGUGUAAAAUCUCCUUAACUUGGU